AUUCGCUAAAACGCAUGAGCUGAGUAAAUGUUUCAAAAUUGUAUCCCCCUUUUCUUCGUCGUUCCAUGAAGUGUUCCUUCCACCAAUUCCACAUGUAGCUCUACUUGUUACUGUCCCGAUAGAUAUGUGGCAGUCUACGCGAACGACGGGUCUUCGAAGAAUUCUCAAGUAUUUGUCUUGCUGAAAGAAAAUCGGAAUUACAAAACUUUGCCUCAGAUCUUAGUGGAUUUAAUUUCAGCCAAGACGAAGGGAAUUUUGGUCGUUAAUGGAGUCUGCCCACCCCAGGCGUCUGCCCCGCGCUCUUGCCCUCAUGGUCCCGUUGCAGUGUUGAGGAGUGGCGCGCUGGCACCGCAGUCUGUGGGCACAGCACACAGAGGGUUAGCGCAGGGCCCGGUGCCCCCCUCCCCGCGGGACCGUCCCGGCCGGACGAAGAUGAACAAACUGAACUUCCACAACAACAAAACCAUGCAGGACCGCCGCUGUGUCUGUGUCUUCCUCCCCAACGACGACACGCUCAACAUCAUCGUCAACGUGAAGACUCUGUGCCAAGAACUGCUCGCCCAGGUGUGCGACCUCCUCCGACUGAAGGACUGUCACCUGUUCGGCCUGAGCGUCAUUCAGAAUAAUGAGCACAUUUACAUGGAGCUGAGCCAGAAGCUGUCCAAGUACUGCCCUAAGGAGUGGAAGAGGGAGGCCAGCAAAGGAAUUGACCAGUUUGGUCCACCGAUGAUCAUUCAUUUCAGGGCUCAAUAUUACGUGGAGAACGGGAGGUUAAUAAGUGACCGGGCAGCCAGGUACUAUUACUACUGGCACCUGAGGAAGCAGGUGCUGCUGUCCCAGUGCGUCCAGCGGGAGGAGGCCUACUUCCUGUUGGCGGCCUUUGCCCUGCAGGCCGACCUGGGGAACUUCAAGCGGAAUAAGCACUUUGGGAAAUACUUCGAGCCGGAGGCCUACUUCCCACCCUGGGUGAUUGCAAAGAGGGGGCGGGACUACAUCCUGAGGCACAUCCCCAACAUGCACAAGGACCAGUUUGCCCUCACCGCCUCCGAGGCCCACCUCAAGUACAUCAAGGAGUCUGCCCAGCUGGAUGAUGUCACUGUCCACUACUACAGACUCUACAAGGACAAAAAGGAAGUCGAUGCCUCGCUGACCCUGGGACUGACCCUGCGUGGCAUUCAGAUAUUUCAGAAUGUGGGAACAGUGAGACAACUCCUGUAUGAUUUUCCCUGGACCAACGUGGGCAAGCUGGUUUUUGUGGGGAAGAAGUUUGAGAUCCUCCCGGAUGGGCUGCCGUCGGCCCGGAAGCUGAUCUACUACACGGGCUGCCCGACCCGGUCCAGACACCUGCUCCAGCUGCUAAGCAACAGCCACCGCCUCUACAUGAACCUGCAGCCCCUGCUGAAGCAGGUCCGCAGGCUGGAGGAGAACGAAGAGAAGAAGCAGUAUCGGGAGUCGUACAUCAGCGACGCCCUGGAGCUGGACAUGGACCAGCUGGACAAGCGGUCCCGGGCCAGCGGGAGCAGCAUGGGGAGCGUGUCGCGCCACAAGCGUCGCCUGUCCCGCCACUCCAUGGCCAGCCAGGGCAGCUCGCACACCUCGGGCAUCGAGGCGGACAGCUUCCGCACCGCGGGCCAGGCCCCCCACCGCCCGCUGCGCACCUGCAGCAGCUCCACCACCAGCCACGGCAGCUCGCACACCUCCGGCGUGGAGAGCGGCGGCAAGGACCGCAUCCUGGACGACGACGAGAUUGAGAUGCUGGUCGAUGACCCCAAGGAUUACGAGGAGCUCCACGAGCUCGCGCUGGAGCUCAGUCAAGACCUGUGCAUUCACAUCACUGAGGACAUGCUGACAUCCGGGCAGACAAACGGCUACUCGGGGCUCAUUGUGAAGGACGUCAGCUCUUCUACGUCCAGCUCCUCAGAGACUGUGGUGAAGAUGCACGGCCAGAGCAUCGAGUCCCUCCCUCAGACGGCGGGAAGCAGGAAGCCGCAGACGUCCGCCGACCGGCACAGCCAGUCCCUGGACGACGUGCGGCUGUACCACAAGGGCUGCCUGCAGUGGGCGGAGCUGUGCCAGGACACGGCGCAGAGCUACACCUUCGGCUGCGCCCGCGAGCUGAGCGACGCCGGCUGCCAGGGCCUGGCGGAGCAGUGCGCUGCCAUCCGCGAGAACCCCGCCUUCCCCAUCAAGAGGACCAGCAAGUACUUCUCCCUGGACCUCACCACCGACGAGGUCCCCGAGUUCGUGGUGUGACGGCGGCGACGACAGCCCCCCCCUCUCCAGACGGGCCUGGUGUUGUUAUGCUGAGGGGGGUGGGGAGGUGUUCCGAAGAGCCGGGCUCCGCGAAACCCUCCAACGGCAUGCUGGGAAGACCGGCGCGUGCUGCGUGUGUAGAGACUAGAGGCGCUUGGCGCGGGUCGUGGUUAUCUGUUACAGCGUGGGUCUGCCUGGAGUCUGCGGCAGCCUGGCGGCCAGCGGGAGAGAGAGAGGGAGGGAGGGAACCGUGGGGAACCUUAAAAUGGAUGCAGAUGAAUUCCGCAGAUGUGCUAAAAGGCACGCUCCCACACCCAUUGUGAUUUCACUUGUGCCGUUUCCAUGGGGACGGAUUUUUGAGUCCCCGCCGUGGCGCUGGGCGUAAAUGGAAUUUAAAAGGGAACCGAGGGGACGGUCGAGGAACUGGAUUCUGUUAACACUCUGUGUGUUUUUUUAUUUUUUAUUUUUAUUUUUUUAACAAAGAAAGCGCUUGACUGAAUCCCCCGUGGGGCGGAGCAUGCCCUUCUGUAGCCGCACGCGAAAGGGGAGCGGCUUUACGGAGGGAGGGACUCCACACGCUGAAGUCACGGCGUUGCUGGGGGGGGGCCCAGACAGCUGAAGACGCGGUCGUGUUCUGCCCGGACCCCCCCCCCCCCAGCGCCGGGUCUGUUCAGCCUGUCCUGAGGUCGCUGCGACCCUGACGCUGACCCCCGGAGGCCAGGCCGCCCGUCCGCUGGGCCCCUGAGGGCGGUUCUGACCCGAGGCCCCGCCUCCGUUAGGCCGUUCGCUUCUGUCAGCCGUCUUUUCCCGCCGCGCUGCACCUCGGCCUUCAGCGCCGCUCUCCUUAAAGCGAAGACCCGCCCACGCGCUCCCCCCCCCCGUUCCCCGCGCGGGGCCCCCGAAUCAGGGGCCACCUCAGAGCGCCGAGGAGCCCAAAAACGCCAAACGCAAACCAAAGAUAAGCCUCACAGGAGCCACGCGCCCGAGCAGCUCGGCACGGGCACCGCAGUGCCGUGCGCGAGCUGGCCCGAGCGUGACCUCACCGCGGGCUGACGUGGGCAACCCGUGAAACGCCACGGUUUAAAAUGCACAGUUCCAUUCAAACGCCACA